AUUGGAAUGCGAACUAUAUCACCACUGUUAGGUGCAUAAACCCUGGACCAACCUUUGACCUAAGAUUGGUCUCACAAUGAGUCAUGAAUUUGAGAUAAGAUACAUUUUACUUUCUUUUUUUUAACCAGAGACAUUUGCUCUGAGACAGACAGGUGGAUAUAUCUCCAGACUUUCAGGAAGCCAAACCCAACACAGCGCUGCAAUCAUGGGUGAAUGGGGCUUCCUCAGUGGAAUCUUUAAUAGCCUCCAGGCCCACUCGCCGAUGCUUGGUCGUUUCUGGCUCUUACUCAUGCUUGUCUUUCGGAUACUGAUCCUAGGAACUGUAGCCAGUGACCUGUUUGAUGAUGAGCAAGAGGAGUUUGCCUGCAACACCCUCCAGCCGGGCUGCAAACAGGUGUGCUACGACAUGGCCUUCCCCAUCUCCCAGUACAGAUUCUGGGUGUUUCACAUCGUCCUCAUCGCUACACCUUCUCUGGUUUUCCUCAUGUAUGUCAUGCAUCAUCACAAGAAGAAGACCAGCCACUCCAAUUCCAGCCAAUUUAGCAGCCAGGACUACAGAGAAGAGAUCCAUUUAAGGAGGCUUUACCUUAUCAAUGUGGCCUUCCGCAUAUUGGCAGAAAUUGGCUUUCUAGUGGGCCAGUGGCUGCUCUACGGCUUCAAGGUGGAGUCCCAGUAUCCCUGUAGCCGCUUUCCUUGCCCCUACACAGUGGACUGCUUCACCUCCCGUCCUGCAGAGAAAACAGUCUUCCUCUGCUUCUACUUUGUCGUGGGGUUGAUAUCAGCGAUUUCCAGCUGUGCAGAGCUUUUCUACAGCUCUAUGAAGUGGUUCUCCCCAAACAAGGAGCCCUUCACCCCGGAGCCUUCCUGUGACUGCCAGAACCUUCACAAUAUGGAGCAAGAGGAGCCGGAGGCAGUGGGGAAACCUCGAGGGAAGACGGUUCCAGAGAGCAUGUCCAGUAGCGUGAGGCUGAAAGGAGGAUCACUGAGGAACAGCGCCAGUAGGAAGGUCUCCAGCAUCGGACACAAGCACAGGGGAGGCAAAUAUGUAAGCACAAGGACAUUCAUGGUGUGAGAUGGCCUUGAUUCAAACACACUGCAAUCACUUAUUUUUUAUCUAAAUGUUA